UAUGCGCGUAUGUGUAGAUGCGUACGCAACGUCAUUUCCGCAGUCGUUGACAGUUCGUUCCACGGAGGUCCUCCAUCCACUCACUGAGAUCGCUAGUUAUCCAAUAUCUGCGCCAGCAAGAUAUCCUGCCGCAAAGCUAUCGCUCAUUUGCGUCGCGCGAUUCCGCGACGCAUCGUACCAGCGAGUUUUUGAAAGGCCGGUGGCACGCGCGCGCGCGCGCGCACAUACGUGCCUGCGCAUUCGUCGUGCACGGUAACUCCGUCGUAGUCGGUCGGCGGUUCUACGGCGUCCUGCGUACUUGCGUAGUGCGUACGUGCGGUUGAGUCUGAGUCGUUUGUCCCGCUCGAGAUACAUCGAGAUACCGGCGUGCGCAUUCGUACUGCGAAGCCAACGUCGUCGCGAGUAAUCGGCCGCGACGAGAGUAAGAAAAGGCGACUAUUAAUAUUUGAGCUGUGAGGAGCUGCGAAAAGCUGGCGGGCUAAUCGUGUGUGCGAAAGAAAGGGAGAACAGUGUGAAAGAGAGAGAGAGAGAUAGAGAUAGAGCAGCGAACAAACGGGCGUGCGUGUAGCGUGUGGUGCGAGAGAGAGAGAGAGAGAGAGAGAGCGAGAAAGAGAGAAAGAAAGAACGGCACACUGCUAAACGCUAUCGUGGCCAUGGGUAAGACGCCAAAGAAGGCGACCCCUGGGGGCGAUGAGAGGAAUUUGUACGUUCGGAGACUAAAGGCAACGACCGCGCCGUCGAGAGCUGAAUCUAGCUUCUUGCCCGAGAGACAGCGCGAGUCCGAGAGUACGAACAGGCCAAAAUUGUCUGGAGUACAGAAAAGAAUCUCAACUGGACCAGGAAAGAAUUUAAAGAACAAGCUGCGUGCUUCAGCAAAAGUUGCAGUAAAUCAAGCAACAAAGCAACUAAAGCUACCAAUGAAGAACCCAGAAAUGGCGACCACAACAGACAUGCAGCCAGAAUCAGGAGAAGCAGAGGUUAAACUGAAUGUCUCGAUACAGAAGGGAGGUCAAGAGGAAAACGGCAAUAAAGCUGUUGAGAUCGAGCUUGUUAAUAAAGAAUUUCUUGACCACAUUGCCUCAGAACAGACGUGCGAGUACCAAACUUCUACAAAUGUUGUCCAGGAAGCGACAUUCGCGGAGAGAGAAGUUGUUUCCCAAGAAAAAGAGGGAAUCUCAUUAGAGAAUAAUGCCGCAACCAAAGAGCUAGAAGAUCAAGAAGAAAACGACAUGAAAUUGACAUUCGAAUUUGAUCAGAGUCCUACGAAGAAUGGCGAGGAAAGAUCAAAUAAUAUACAGCCAAAGGAUAAUAACAAGGAAGAAUUAUCUGCUCUACAAGCCGAGGAUGAAUUGAAAAAUGGUAUAAACGAGAAAGAAGAUCGGCCAAGCGACGUUCAAGCAAGUAACGAAAGCUACUCGGUAGAUAUUGUUGAAUCUACGACAUCCGAGAUAUCCGAAACACCGCAAUCUGUUAUUCAAAGUGACGCACAGAAGGGUAAAGCAAAGAUGGACGACAACACUGUAAGUAACGAUACGCCAUUCGUUUCUUACGAUUCAUCUAUAAUGUUGAAAAAUGUACAAAUCAGGCUUAACGAUUGUCUGAAAGACAAUUCAAAUCUCCUUGAUGCGAACAAAUAUAAAGAUGUCGAUCUACAGAUAUCGAAAUAUCUGACGAGAGACAUGUCGUUUGGAAAAACAUUGAGAGGACUAGCCGGAAGAUAUCCAAUUCACAAAUUGCGCGAGAGAAGGAUAUCGCCGAAUAGCUCUCUUUUCGUGAAUACAUCGAGCGUCUCACUACCGCAGGAUGAAGGAAUGGAAUCUAAGAUCUUUCAUUACAGCAGCGUGUUCUCCGACAGCUUUCCUACGAAUGGCAGUCCAUUGGACAGAAAACGUAAACUCGAUGCGGAAGAGUGCAGUUCAGCGAAAAAACAAAAAACAGAUGGCAACAGCAGUUUUCUAAAUAGAUCCACAAAUUUACUGAAAAGCUGGUACAACAAACCUAAUAUCACGGUGUCUACCCCAAAAGCCACAUCGUACGAUUUCGAACCUAGCAAGUUAGAUAUUAGCGGUAUAAUAAACAAUGACGACAAUAAAAUAACGGUUGAAUCAACUGAGAGUACAAAGAAAUGGUGUGUCAUCAUGUAAAUUGUCAUGGAAACUGUAUGUAAUUAUACAGAGGAUGGACGAAUGUCUAUAUUUUCGAAAAGUUAAACCAAAAGUUAAUAAUUGAGAGUAUUCAUGUCACUAUGCUACAUCGCUUUUCGAAUAGCAAAUAAUUCCUUUUCUAAUAAGUCUAUUGGAAAUAAUAAAAUCAACCUUUUGUGUUUCAAAAAUUUUUCCAAACGGAUAUUUUUACUGCAACUGUUGGGAAUUUCUUUUUAAAGUGGAUAUCAAAAUAUAAUAUGUAUUUUAAUAUAAUUAAAGUAAUAGUUUAAUACUUUUCCCACCGUACAGAUUAUAGUGCAAGAUCUUUUUUGCAUCAUAUUCUUCACAUUGUCAUUCAUUGACUUUGGGAUAAAAUCAUUUAGAGACGAAAAAGUAAUAAAAUAUAACGACGAAAGAGUACAAUUUUCCUAACAUGACUAUUUUAUAAACAAAGACUUGAAUUCUAGAUAAUGCAUCAACUUUUGACACUAUAUAUUAUAGAAUAAUUGGGCUUAUAUGUACAGAAAUAUGUCUUUAGCUUCGGUACAUGUUUUAAUUUUGUGUCGUAUAUAAUUCCUAUUUAAUUUUGAUCUUCCAAUUCUUGAAGUAGAUACAUAAUAAGUACACAUACACGGAUAAGUUUUAUUAUGUUUAUGCAAAUAGAAAGUGCAGUUUUAUAUAGCAUAGCAAUAUGCGACGCAUAUUAUAUUAUGCAUAUAAUAUCUGACAAUAUUUAUCCGAGUAUAAUUUCUUGCGCAUUAUUCUAUGCAUGUUAUAUAUAUUUUAGGAAAAUUUAUUCUUCACGUAAAUUUAUGCAAUGUAUUAGAUAAAAUCACAAAAGAUCACAAAAAGACAUAUUCUCAGUGUCCAGUAGUGUUACUGAAACGCGAUGUUUAUAUUUCCGCAAUUUGUUAAAUCUGGCGAAGGCUUGUAUUGAGAAUAUGCAAUGGUUAUGCGCAUUUACUUACGUCGAACAAAUCUUUGGAGAUUAUUUGUAAUAUUAUGUGUAAUAAUUAAUCAUAUAUUGUCUUAGUUAUAACAAAUUGUUAUUACAAGAGAUAAGUUGUAAUGUUACUCUUGCAUUUAUGCACCUGACGGCUUUCUAUGAUCUAUAUUGCCACAGUAAGACGUAUUCUCUUGUUGAUUAUUACAAAUAUAUCUAUCAUAUAUAUAUAUAUAUAUAUAUAUAUCUCAUUAUAAAAAUUCGGUAUAUAAUUAGCGCAUAUUACAUACAUAUACAUAUAUAUUUUUUAAGUCAUUGACACAUCCAGUUUUUAGAUUGAUCCUGUAUUUUUAAGAAAACGUGGUAAUUCUCCGUGCACUUUAUUUGGCAGAAGAAUACUCAUUUUUCUCGAGAUAUAUGUAUGAACAUCUGUCGCGGCUGUAAAGAUUGGACAUGUUAAAUAUAAGUAUGGAGCUGUAUAGUAGUAUGCAGUGUAUCUUAAAAGAAGACUAAAGUACGACAGAAAAAAGAGACAUUGCGAAAGGAUCUCAUUGCGUACAUGGUUUUACUUAUCAAAUAAUUCAUGCAUUCAAUGCCUUUCGUCUGCCAUAGUUCUAGAUAUGGCUUUAUAUCACCGAUUAAGGGAGUGAUGUUACGUUGCCUUUAUAUUAAAUCUUUGUUGGGAUAUACAUACUUUAUGUAUCCAAGCUAGGUAUAUCUACUAGACCUUCCAGCAUAUGAUAAAUCAAGAUUAGGAUUGACAAUUAAGAGAAUUUGACCAAAGUAAUUUCCCGGUCAGCCGAUCUAUUCGUUUAGACCUGUGAAUAAUUAUUAUUAAUUGCUAAACUCAUAUAUUAUUGAAAGAGUAUUGUGAUCUGCAUGACGUAAUACUGAAUACUUUUUUCGCCAAUUGGCGGCAGAUGUGAUUUGGAUUCAUAGUUAUUCAGGGCUAAGCGUAUAAUCGUUAGAACAUACUUUUAUACUUGUUCGAGUAAUAGAAGUGUUAGUAUACACAAGAGUGUACAUAGAGAUUCAUGAGAUUUAUAAUAAACUCUCAAAAAUAAAAA